AUGGCGGCCAGCAACAUCGGCCAGGUGCAAAAGGGGCUCAUAGCCCUGGCAGGCGUAGCGGCCUUGGCCACAUUGCUGGCUUCCAGGCAGCAGCAGACGAAACAGCCAUGGCUCGACGGUCCAUCCAAGACACUUUUGCCUGAGCUCUCGGACAAAGACGCCGAGGCGCUGCCAUACCCGCCAGAUGCACUACCCGGAAGGAGAGACGUCCCGACCCCAUACGGUGUCAUCCGCGUCUUUGAAUGGGGUCCCGAGGAUGGCGAGCGUGUCCUGUUUCUGCACGGUAUCAGCACUCCCUGCGUUGCGCUCGGCAGCAUGGCGGCUGAGCUGGUCGACAUGGGAAAAUGCAGGGUAAUUCUGUUUGACUUAUUUGGUCGAGGCUACUCGGACGCGCCGUCAGAUCUGCCAUACGACAUGCGCCUGUAUACAACCCAGAUACUACUAGUCCUGGCCUCGUCCCACCUCCCUUGGACAGGUGACGAGGGGUUUCAUCUGAUCGGGUACUCAUUCGGCGGCGGCAUCUCGGUCCCCUUUGCAACCUUCUUUCCGCACAUGGUGCGCUCGCUCAUCCUCGUAGCCGGAUGUGGACUCAUCCGCGAGAGCCACGUUGGCUGGUGGAGCAAGCUGCUCUACUCAUCUGGGUGGUUGCCCGAGGGGCUAUUACAGCGGCUCGUCAAGUCAAGAUUGACACCGCAGAAACCUGGGCCGAACAACGACCAGCAAAACAGUGUGUUGAAAGAGGAAGUGGUCACGGAAGCUGACAAGGCACCGCCGCAAGACCUCGAGGUCAGGCCGCAGGGUAACAGCGACGCCAGUGGCGGUGAGUCGUUCGACAGGGCCGUGCUCCCAGGCGGCGCGACCGUCUCCUCCGUCAUGAACUGGCAACUGCAGCACCACUCGGGCUUCGUGCCGGCGUUCAUGAGCACGAUACGGCACGCGCCCAUCUACGAGGAGUGGGGUCACUGGCGACGGUUGGGGUCGCUGCUGGCAGAGCGGAGGGUGGUUGGGGGGCCGACGCCGCGAGGUUUGGUGGGAGGCAAGGUACUGUUGGUUCUCGGCAGGAAUGACCCCGUGAUUGUCAAGGAAGAGCUCGUACACGAUGCAGCCGAGGCUUUGGGGCAAAAUGGGUUUGAGGCCGCUGUGCUCGAGGGAGGUCAUGAGGUUCCGCUGAGCAAGGGGCACGAUGUAGCUAGAGAGAUCAUUCGAUUCUGGGAGGACACCAGGGCGACUGAUGCCGUUCUUCAUCUUGAUCCAAACAACUUCUACGGCGGUCCUGAAGCGGCCUUGACCCUUCAGGAAGCAGAGGAAUGGGCCAGGACGCAUUCAUCACAGGAGCAAUCCCCUAGUGGGGAUCCGAGUCGCUCACCAGCGUCUUCGACUUUUGCAUCCGCCAGCGUCACGAGGCCGCAACAUGGCGAUGAGGCAACAGGCGGUCUUUCGUCCCACCGCGCAUACUCACUAGCCCUCGCACCUCACAUCAUCCACGCUCGCUCGCGGCUUGUCGAGCAGCUGGUAUCGUCCCGCGCGUUUAGACAGCUUGAGUUCCUGGCCGUGGGCUCGUUCUUUGUUCUCUCCUGCUCGUCCUCCCAGGAUACGGCAAAUCCCCUAAAACUCACUCGCAUCCCUUCAACCCGUGAGGAUGUCUUUUCGGACAGCUCGAUCCCCGUCCGCGCCAAGCGGUCGCUGAUGAAAUUUCUCAAGUUCGUACUGGACUACAACUCAGACCCGCACACCGAGAUCUGGCAGGCCGAGGCCGAUUCGCCGUUCGCCGGCUUCCUCGAGACCAAAUUCAAGCUUGAUAAGGACCUCCAAGCUUAUGUCCUUACCUUGACCCUCGCGCCAGACGGCAAUGCCAUCACAACCAGAUAUGGCUUGGCUGCCAUUCACCGUCAUCUUACUUCAAUGGGAUACUUCGGUCCGGGAUUUGCUGCUGUCUACCCCAAGUGGGGCGGCGCGAGCGAGAUCGCCCAAGUGGCCUGCAGGUCUGGCGCUGUCGGUGGCGGCGUCUACAUGCUUGGUACCGGGAUCAAGGACAUCAAACCCGCAGAGUCGGAUGAGUCUGAAGUGGAUGCGCUCAGCAUCGAGCUCUCGAACGAGACCGUAGUGAGGACGAAGCUUCUCGUCCGUGGCAUGGAAAAUAGACCAGAGGUUCCAUCCGACACAGCCCAGGCGACAGACAGGCAAUCUCUGAGCAGGCUGGUUGCGGUCGUGAAUUCGCCACUGUCCUCAUUGUUCGAGACGGUGGUGGAGGGCGCACCGCUACCGGCGGUUGCAGUUAUCGCAUGUGCUCCAGCUACCCUGAACGGCAUUGGUGACAUUGGUUCCCAAGAGUAUCCAGUAUACAUGAUUGUGCACUCGAGUGACACGGGCGAAUGUCCCUCAGGUCAAAGCUUACUUUACCUCAGUACUCAGUCGACCGCGGGCUCGCAAAAGAUGCUUCAGCAGAGCAUCGAGCCGAUCCUAGCUUCUGUGGCCAGUUUGAGUGGUACAUCUCCACCUCGUUGUCUUUGGUCACUGUCGUAUGAACAGACACGCGAAACCUCGUCCACUCGGAUCGAUGGCAAAGUCGUCACGGUUCCUGGAGUGCCGCUUACACUUGCUCUUGGCGAUGACACGCUGGAUCCGGUCUUUGAGGCUUGGAAGGUCGUUAUGGGGGAGGACGUUGAUCAAGAAAGCUACAUGAAAUUUGCUGACCGUGAAGGCAUGGGUGACGAAGACCAUGAUAUGUAA